CCGCAGGGCGCGCCACCACCCGCAACUAAAGUUGCACAGCGAGCAGUGAGGGCAUUGCUAUUGCAUGGAGGGCGGCACUCCGAUGGGGACGUCGACGCCGCAGCAGUCAGUUGCAGCAGCUGCAGGAGGGCGGCCCGGCAACCCCGUAUGAAACGCCGCCACCCAAUCGACAGCCUUAUCAGCACAUCAGGGUGCCAUCAGGAGGUGAGUGAGGAGGAGCUCGUGGGAGCGGAGGGAGGGAUGGGUGGGUGGACUGACAUAUGUGGUGAUGCCAUGCGUGUGCGGAUGUUUGUACUUGCAGUCAGCUCGUCGUGGAUGGCUCGGACAGCUCGGGGACCUUCACGUUGCCGAGGAGGAUGCAGAGGGGGACGCAGAGGACGUCGCAGAGGGGAAUGGGGAUGGGACUUGGGCUGGUUCAUGAGCCGUCGCCCCAGCCGCCGUUCGGUCCGCCCAACGCGCGCGCGGAGGCACCACCGCACAUCACCGCAGGUGCGCACAUAUGCGCGAUUGCGUGUGUGACCUAGGCAUGAUGUGAUGAGUGUGUGUUCUUUGUGCGUUGCAUGCAUUCGUGCAGAGGACCGCGCCAUGUUCAGCGCCAUGGACAGUGUGUGUGGGCAGAACCCCGGCAUGCCGGACCACGACAGAAGCGGCGAGUACAUCCACCUCACCGGUGACCACGGCCGGGAGGUCGCAUUCUGGUUCCAGGAGCAUCGCCCCCGGAACGACUGCUACGACCUCUCCUGCGGCUUUAAGGCGCUCAACAUGGCCCUGGGGUCGCUCACCCUCCCCAACCACCUCUUCAGGAAGAGGCGCUUCAACAUGCCCCCCAUCCCAUUGGCGGAGCACAUGCAAGGCCCGGUAGGUGCCGUGCUGCAAGUGAGGCAGGCAGGCAGGCAGGCCACAACAAACAGAUCCAUGCACAUUAAUGCCAUGGACGUGCUAGCCUGGAAGUCGGCGUAUGCGUUGGUGUAGUCGGCCAGCUCACGCACUGACACCUGACGGACACACCAUCACACAGAUGAUCAGACAUCCUGUCCAACGAGAGAAACAUCACAAUCAUCGCAGAGGCAGUCUCUCUCUCUCUCUCUGUGUGUGUGUGUGUGUGUAUUUAUGUAUUCAGGCGAGAGCCUGCGGUUCAGGUCAUGGCGAAUCGGCCCGACUUUCCUGUCGGUCAGCUGUUCGCAAAUUCUCGGCGGUGGGGUGGGUGUUCAAGAGCGCGUCCGAUUAGGAUCCGGGUCCUGGGUAAGUGUCCACACACGUGACACACAUCAUGCAGAGGCGGGGCGCGACGAGAAGCCCCUCGGUGACGCCUUCGAGCUCGUCAAACGGCGCAAGAAGCGCAGAGUCGCCGGUGCACAGACCAAGUAAGAAGGGAAGAAGGGACUCCGUAGAGUGGACACAUGGAUGCAUGCAUUCGUGUGUGUGUGUAUGUGUGUCUUGCAGCAGCACUCUCGGACCUUAUUGGACCGACCCCAUCCAGAUAGAGCCGGGCCUGCAGGAACGGGAUGUUGAGGUGGAGGUAGCAGCUCGGAUGGCCAAUGGAUGGCCGAUGGCUGGCUGGAUGGCUGGAGGGGAGAAAGAGGGAGAGAUAGGCACUCUGUCUGCCUGCAUUGCCGUACUGGUUGGUCGCGCCGUCCUGUACACGCCUCGGUCCCGGGCAGUCUAGGCACCUUUUUCCCUUUCUGAUGGACAUGGGCUGGGCGCACACACACGGACACACGGUGGGUGGGUACUUACUGGUCAGUCAGGAGGGCGAGAUAGAAAGGCGCUGCACACACACCACCCCCUCAGAAGGAGACAGCAUCGUUGCUUACGUUUUAUAUCAGGGUGUCUCGUCAUUCAACAAUUUCCGACAGACUUAUUAAGUGUACUCCGUGUGCGGCCAAGCUCUCUGUGCCAUAUGCGCAGCAGACACGCAAGCCAAGCUUUCUUCAACGUGAAACGGACUUUGAUGCUGCGACCCCAUCGAUGGGAUGACUGCCUUCUGCCCC